AUGAGUAGCAAAACUCCCACAACCGUCAAGGAACUUAACGUAGCACUAGCGGACUUGAGUGCUCGACUUGAUGCUAAAAAUGACCAACUAAAGGAAGAUUUAAGGGCAAUAAUUGAAGUAGAGAUACAACCGAUAAGACAGUCAAUUGAGCAUAAGCAUGCUGCACUAAAGAAAGAGCUGCCUAAGCUAAUUGAAAAAGAGCUCAAACCCCUCAAAGAAGCAAUGGAAUUCAUUAAUAAGCAAUUUGAGGAAUUUAAAUCGGAAAUCGGUGACUUGAAAAAUGAAAUUGCAAUCGUCAGAACGGAAAACAGGGCAAUCAAGAAUGACUUCAGCAGGCUCACGACUGAGCUAAAGGAAACAAGAAAAGAGCUAACAGAGCUACAACAGUACAGCCGACGUAACAAUGUGGAAAUUAAAGGUGUCCCCGUGCAAGAAAAAGAGAACCUUGUAGCAGUGAUCAAGAGCAUAUCAACCUAUUUGAAAGUGGAUAUAAAUGAAUCUGAUCUCGAGGUUGUACAUCGUGUUCCAACCAGGGAAAAGUCACAAUCGAACAUCAUUGCUAAGUUCAUCUCCCGCACCCCCAGAGAUAAGUUCAUGAAUGCACGAAGAAGCAAAGAUUGA